UGUAACAGGUCCCGCCCCUCUCUCUACUCCCUUUCUUAUAUCAAGAGGGGAAAAGCACGGAACUACCUCUAUCCCAUCUGGUCACCAUACGCCUAUUACCUCUACUGCUACAAAUACCGAAUCACCCUCCGGGAGAAGAUGCUGCCGUGUUGUUACAGAAGCAUCACUUACAAAGAACAGGAGGACCUGACGCUUCGGCCCCAUUGCUGCCUCCAGUGCUCCGAGUCCUUAGGAGGCCUCCAGGAGGGCAGAAGCGCUGAGCAGGAAAAAGACCACAGCCAGCUUAAAGAACUGUAUUCAGCUGGGAACCUGACAGUGCUAUCAACUGACCCCCUGCUUCACCAAGACCCAGUUCAGUUAGACUUCCGCUUUCGCCUCACCCCCCAUUCCUCUGCUCACUGGCACGGCCUUCUGUGUGACCACCGACUCUUCCUGGAUAUCCCACAUCAGGCGUUGGAUCAAGGCAACCGAGAAAGCUUGACAGCAACAUUGGAGUAUGUGGAGGAGAAGACCAAUGUGGACUCUGUGUUUGUGAACUUCCACAAUGAUCGGAAGGACAGAGGUGCCCUCCUGCGAGCCUUUAGCUACAUAGGCUUUGAGGUGGUCAGACCAGAUCAUCCUGCCCUCCCUCCCUGGGAUAAUGUCAUCUUUAUGGUGUAUCCCCUUGAAAGGGACCUUGGCCAGCCUGGCUAGUGAGCCUCCCUAAACAUGUUUAUACCAUCUCUGUGAGGGGCCGGAAACCUCAACACAUGG